AUGUAUGCUUUAAGACCCUCUUUGAGAACGAUUUCACGAACCAUUACAACACGUAUUUUUCGUCCUACAUUAUUCGCAACAAGAACUUUUAGUUAUGCUAAACCACUUUAUCAACAAGAGGAUCAUCAAAAACUUUUAGAGUAUCAAAGGAAAAAAAGUUUAUUGAAAAAAAAAUUCGCUGACGAAUUUGUUGCUAAAAUUACUCGUCCGUCACCAUUUUGGGAAGCAAACGCUGUUGUUGAAGAUGAAAUUAAAACUAUGUCGCUUAAUGACUUUGAAGAUAAAUUCUUGAUAAUGCUAUUUUAUCCAUUUGAUUUUACAUUCGUAUGCCCAACCGAAUUGAACGCUUUUUCUGAUCGUAUUCAAGAAUUCAAAGAUAUUGGAGCCGAAGUAGUUGCAAUUUCUUGCGAUUCACAAUUUUCUCACCUUGCUUGGAGCAAAAUGCCACGAAAUCAAGGUGGUAUUGGCGGUAUCAAGAUUCCUCUGAUUGCCGACUAUUCGAAGAAAAUAAGUGAAGAUUAUGGUGUCUUGUAUGAAGAGAAGGGCAUUCCUUUCAGAGGAACUGUUAUAAUCGAUGACAAGGGGACUGUCCGCGUAAUUCAUAUUAAUGAUACCGAAAUUGGCCGUUCAGUGGAUGAGAUUCUUCGCUUAGUGCAAGCUAUUCAAUAUGCGAAUGAUUACGGUGAAGUUUGUCCAGGUACUUGA